AUGUCUUCGACAGAGGGCUCGAGCCGCGCGGCGGACAAGUCACCGCGCCAGCAGGUGGACCGCCUGCUCGUGGGGUUGCGCUGGAGGCGGCUGGAGGAGCCGCUGGGCUUCAUCAAAGUUCUCCAGUGGCUCUUCGCUAUUUUCGCCUUCGGGUCCUGUGGCUCCUACAGCGGGGAGACAGGAGCAACAGUCCGCUGCAACAACGAAGCCAAGGAUGUGAGCUCCAUCAUUGUUUUGUUCGGCUAUCCCUUCAGGUUGAACCGGGUCCAGUAUGAGAUGCCCCUCUGCGAUGAUGACUCCACCUCCAAGACGAUGCACCUGAUGGGGGAUUUCUCUGCUCCCGCCGAGUUCUUUGUGACCCUAGGCAUCUUUUCUUUCUUCUACACCAUGGCUGCACUAGUGGUCUACCUGCGUUUCCACAACCUGUACACAGAGAACAAGCGCUUCCCGCUGGUGGACUUCUGCGUGACUGUCUCCUUCACCUUCUUCUGGCUGGUAGCUGCAGCUGCCUGGGGCAAGGGCUUGACGGACAUCAAGGGGGCCACACGGCCAUCCAGCCUGACUGCAGCCAUGUCUGUGUGCCAUGGAGAGGAAGCGGUGUGCAGUGCUGGGGCCACACCCUCCAUGGGACUAGCCAACAUCUCUGUGCUCUUCGGCUUUAUCAACUUCUUCCUGUGGGCCGGGAACUGUUGGUUUGUGUUCAAGGAGACCCCGUGGCAUGGGCAGGGCCAGGAACAGGACCAGGGCCAGGGCCCCAGCCAGGAGAGCGCAGCUGAGCAGGGAGCGGUGGAGAAGCAGUAAGCAGCUCCCACCUGGCUACUCCCAAACAGGACAGCACCUCUUCAACCACCUCCAGCUUCCAGGACCUCCCUCUUCUUCCUUCUCCAGCUCCCCUCCUCCAACAUUCUGGGCUUUGAGCUUUGAGACAUCGUCGAUGGAGGGGCAGGCAUCAGCUGUCAGAAACCCCGGCAGCCCUACCAGUGGCUUCCUAUCCCUCCUGUUGCUUGGAGCCUUGGAUGGCAGGAGUUUCUUGUCUACUGCCUGGACCCCGGCAUUUUAUUUUGGGUCUUCCUUGUACACUUGUGGCCUCCCAUUGCAGGAGAGGGUUGGGAGCAGGAGACCAGAAUCCCGAGACUGGUCUUAGCAGCCACUUCUAUCAACCUGUCAGUUUCAAUAAAAGUGGGGGGAGGGGAAAUUGGCUGGCAGCCUUCUUCCUGGUCCUUUGCAUGAAGGGCCCACCAGUGGUUUAGUGAUCCCUCUGCAGUGGCUGUUAUCUAAGCCUUGUGUCUGCCCUGAUCUCCAGUCAGCCCAAGCUCGGUAUGCUUCCCACUUUUUCCUCUGGCCUCCGAUUGCCCACAGAGCCUACCCUGUGGGAACCCAGGAGGCCAUCUAGCCUAGAAAACAGCCCUGUAGGUGGUCCUGAUGAGACCUGGACUCAGUGGGGAGUAGAUACAUUGCAACUGGGUUGCAACUUCAAGAAACUGAAGCCAGGAAACUUGCUGGGGAAGCAGUUUCUUCUAUUCCCUCGGGCCUCCCACCCCACCAGGCUGGUGCACUUUCCACCAACACUAAACUCAUACUUGCCUUAGAAACCCUUGGCCUUCCUCCCUGUCGUCCUCCUUGGUGGGUCUAGGAGCAACUCCCUUUUAGCCCUCUCUGCCUCCAACCUCUCUGUCCAUCUCCCUUCCCCAGUCUCUUGGGUCUGAGGCAUUCAAGAUCCUUUUCUAUGUCUGUCCAGGCCUUCCUCUCAUUCCCAUGGGGCCAUAUAGGGGCUUUGGAAGGGCCCAGAGGACCACCAAGAGGCUAAGUUGCCCCAGAGCCCCAGGACAUGGAUGGAUGGACCCAUUUUUUCCUCAUUCUCUCCUUUCCCCCCAACCCCCAACUUCUUCUCUGGCCUCUCUUUCAUACUCCCCUACCUCACCUUUAUGAAAGGACGUACCCUCUCGGUUUGCCCUCUGUUCCUCCCCUGCUUCCUCACUUCUCCCAGGCUCUAUCCCUCCCCACCCAGACCCCCAGCCCAGGGCAGGCCAUGCUAUUGGUGCUUCUUUACUUCGGGACCCAGUUCCAUAUUUGUCUUUGAUAUGUCACCUCUUUCUGACACCUCCUUCAGUCCCUCUCUGGAACCCAGGGCCUAAGAGUCAAGGCUGACUGGGAAAGGGCCAUCCGUCUCCUCCCCAGCUCGAAGCACUUCAGUCUGCCCUGGCCAUAGGGCUGCUCAGGAAAGGAUGAAGAAGGAGGAAUCCAGCCAUUUUCCGACCCAGUGCCAAUUAGCCCGCUUAAUCAUCCCAAAGGUGAAUGUGCCCGGUGCCAAUUUUUCCUCAGGACUGAGUCAUCCCUCCAACCUUCUCACCUCCCUGAACACCACCCCCAGUAAUGUACACAUUACUGGGGUAUCCAGAAACAGGACCUUUGAUUUUGGGCCAGUCAUUUCUUUAGGUCAGAGUUUCCUCACUUGACAGGGAGAGUGACAUUUACAACCUCAAAUGCUCCAGAAUCCUUCAGUGAAAUAAUUAAGUUUUUUGUUUUAUUUUUGUUUGUAGAUUUUGGGGGAGGGAUUUGAGGAGAGAGGAGAGAAGAUGGGGAUGAGAGUGUUUCUAAGUCUGACCCUCUCUCUGUCCUGAGCUGUCCCCAUGGUUACUCAAGGAAAAAGGAGGAACACUUUUGCCUGCAGCUCCAGAGACACAGAGAACAAAGAGGUGACCAUUUUUCUUUAGGCUGGCCCCCGUGAGGGUCUGUGAGCAGCUUCUACUGGAACUUUGUUUGGAUUCUGUGUAUGUGUUUAUAAUUUAUUUGAAAUGUGAUGGAUAAAGUGUUCUCAUUUGGGGGCCGAAGUUAGCAACUGGCCCUUGAGCUAGGGGAAGGGGGUGGGGUGGGUAUUCACUCCUGCCAAGAACUCCCAGCCCAGAACUCUCUCUAGAGCAAAGAAGGCUCUUUUUCUUCCUCAAGAGGCUGGCUUGUUCUCAUCCAGAUGGACCUUGAUUUAGGCUAUGGUCUCUCUUUCCAUGACUGCCCUAAGAAGAAAGGCUCCUUCACCUCAUGACCUCCAGAGGGCUGGGCUAGGCCAAGUGCUGAGGGCAGAGCUGUCCUAAUAGUACUCCUGUCCCCUCCAAUCAGGGCUGGCACUACUGCUUUGCCUAGCAGGGCCUGAGGUAGGAGACGGUAUCUGUUUUCUUCAGACUGCAGGAGGCCGACAGGCAGGGCAUUUGCCCUUUGCCCUCCUAAACUCUGACCCUGCCAGGGUGCCCACCAAGGACCUUUUCUGAACUUGAGUCCUUUCCACUUUCAUGGUUAUAGGUCUCCUACUUCUGGGAUUGGA